GUUAUCACGUAAAACCAAGGAGAAGGAAGACUUUCUCCAAAUUCAUCAUCCACCAGCCAAUUAUCACGAUAUGGUUGGGCUAGCCAAGUGUUACAAUCCAUACUGCGAUUGUCAUAUUUUGGAGGAUGAGACCAAGAACCCUCUCCUCGCACGGGACGAACAAGCCAUGGAUCACAUCAUACAAAGAAUGCGUGCCGACCAGGAAGAAUUUCGCCCAUCUUUGCUACGACUUCUCGACCAACGGGACCAGAAAGAGGGUAGUUAUCAACUACGAGAAGAUAACAGUGUCACAAGAAAUAUGCAAGAAGAUGAUGCAGACGAAAUUUUUGGUGGAGCUUGGACUGAAGCGUCAUCAACAACACAAGAAGAUUUCACUCCAAAAUUUAGGUUUCAUGAAGUCAGUUCUGGUCAAAUUGGUCAUGGACAUCACAGCGAUCACCACGCCUUGAGGGACAUUUGUUCUCGUGGACGACUCUUUGAAUGGGACGAAUCGUCUGUCCAAUUCCUGCUCAAACCCAACAACAAGGCGACGGCGGGGCAGCCCCCAAGCGAUGUGAACGACAGGGGCGGAAUUGUGAGUAAAAUUGGAUGGGGUAUAAAUGAUAUCACAACUGAUGAUGAAACAAGUGAAGCUGCCUCUUUUGAAUAUAAACUGAUUGACCACCCAAAACUCGUUGGCGAUGAUGACGACGAGUUUUUGGAAGACGUUGGUGAUGAAGAUGAUCAGGAUUACGACGACGACGACAAUUCUGGGGAAGAAGAAGUUUUAGAAAAUAGCGAGGAUGAGGAAAAUGAUGAUAAUAACGAUGUACCAGCCGGUGUAAAUCAAAAUGUCCAUGCACAACAUAACGAUGAUGUUGACGAAGAAGCACGACAGAGAACAAGUGGAGGUGGCGACGGGGGUAGACCGCCGCCACAGCAUUAAUAAUGACCAAAAUAUUAAAAAACACGAGUAAAACACAGAUACAGGCGAUAAUACAUAAUAAGUAUGAAGUAAGUGAGUU